AGACGAAUCCUUAGCCCAAAUCCUUAGCCCUAAUGGAAUAUAAUAUUAAUAAUUGGACUAAGAUUAUGACGGAUCAGUCCGUAAAUAAGAGAUAGAAGGAUCAAGUCCUUGUGCACGUGGCGUCUAAUGGUUGGCUCGGUGAACUAUUGUGUUUGGUUUUGUUAAAAAAAAAUAUUUGCGAUCGAAGGGGAGAAAAAAAAAAUCAGAGCUUGAGACGAAAAGGCAAAUCAUUCGCCAAAUUCUCCUUGACUGUCCCCGUCGUCUCCGCUCAUCUCUGCCGCGACUCCGUCACCGGCAAAUCACUGCGUUACGCUUACGUCAACUUCGAUUCCGCCAUCACCGUUUUUUUUGAUCGUGAAACUCAACCUUAAGAGACCAGAGAGAACAUUAGCCUAGAGAGAGCUCGCUCGUGUCUGAAAGAACAUCAAACCUCGUAUCAAAAAAGGAAAAUGGCAUUGAAGCUUAACCCUUUGGCAUCUCAGCCUUACAAACUCGCUUCCUCGGCUCGUCUGCCAAUCUCUACUUUCAGAUCUCCCAAGUUCCUCUGCCUCGCUUCCUCUUCUUCCCCUGCUCUCAGCUCCAGCACUAAGAUCGAAGAAGUUGUUUGUUGGAAGGGCUUUGAGAAAAGCUGAAAGGAUGGAGAUGCUGAAACAGAAGCACAAAGACAAUUUUGUUGUCAAGUUUAAUGUUGGUUGGUUUAAUCUGUACGUGAAGAACUUGAGUGAAGCAAUCAACGAAACAAGGCUGCUAGAGAUAUUUGGAAGUUAUGGGAAGAUAGUCUCAGCAAAAGUGAUGCAUGAUAAAAAUGGCAAAAGUAAAGGAUUCAAUUUCAAUUUUAAAAAAAAAUUAAUAUUUUUUUUUAAGGACUCCAUCUUCAAAAACACCAUUGGACAACCUGUUUUGAUUUAAAUCCUUAACUAUUCAAACAAAAACCAAAAAAAAAAAAAUAUUACUAAAAUAUUCCUAAGGAUUCAUUGGUGAACCUCACCAUUGCAUAUGCUCUUAGCAGGCGAUGUAGAGAAUACAGUUCGGAGGUUGAGUGCGCGCUACGGCAACGACGGAUCUUAGAUAGUGCAUGAUCGUCAGUUAGGGGGCUCAACCAGUUACUGGCAGAAGAUAAAAAUAAUUAAUAAUGUAUUUUGUUUGGGCUGAUGAUAGCCCAUUACCAAAAACUAGUAGUAUAUAAGAAAUUUGUUUAAAUAAUUUGAUCGUAGCCAAAAAGAUAAGAAAGAUUAUCUUUCUAAGGAAAUUAAACUAAAAUCAUAAAUAUUAUAUAUCUAUAUAUGAUUUUUAGCAGUUCCUAUUAAAUCAUUUAUAUAAUAUAUAUAUCAUCCAACAAAAUCAAAUAUCUAUAUACAAAGAUCUAUCAUAUCUUUUAUAAAAGGAAAAAAUAUAUUAUUAUUACUUGCAACAAUACAUAAUCUGAGCAUAUUUACUAUCGAGAAUCUCAUGCAUUAAUGUGAUCUAUUGAUUUGAAAUUGCUAUAAAUCAAAUAACUAUAUACAAACAUCUAUUAUGUCUUCUUACAAAAAAAACAUCUAUUAUGUCUUUUAAAAAUGAAACAAAAUAUAUUACAAUAUUUGCAAAAAAUACACAAUCUAAGCAUAUCUACUAUCACCAAUCUCAUGCGUUAAUGAUCUAUUGAUUUGAAAUGGCUAUAAAUCUGAGCACUAUAAGCUUCAUACCCUAUAAAUAUCCUAAACAUAACGAGAAGUGGUUAGAAUUAUCUUCCAUUGAAAUUAAUGGAGCGUCAAGAGAGGUUUGAGAAUAUACCAAAAUGGGAAAAAUUGGAUAAAGACAUGCUUGCCAACAUUUUCAAGAAGCUAGACAUGGUGGACGUCAUCAUGGGAGCAUCACGAGUGUGCAUCACUUGGUUCCUUGCCUCUCACAACAAAACUAUAUGGAACACCAUCAAACUCAACGAUUUUGAUUCGAUUGUUUUAGAUAACCCCUCUAACCCACAUCUGCAGGAUCUGGAUAAUAAUAAUGGAGGAAAACAUCUAUACAGCCUUAGGGAGAUCUUGACUGAAAUCAACAAAUUCAGCCGUGCAGCCCCGGUUGAAUUUUUCUUCAAUGCUAAUACCAAUGUACUAGAACAGGAUCUAGCGAUCAUUUCCAACGGGUUGCCAAACAUCAGAAAACUUGCGUUACGAAUGCAGAAGACUCAAAAUCUGAAUUCAUUUACAUCAUCUUUUAGUAAAUGGAAGAAUCUCCAAACUUUGAUCAUUGCCAAAUUUACAAGAGAUGACGACGACCUGAAGCAUGAGUUCAAAGCCAUUGCAGAAAACUGUAGGAAUCUUACCACCAUAAAAAUCACUUGUACAUUGGACCAAGAAUUAGCCAAUAUAAUUGUUGGUAAGCUUCCGAACCUGAAGAGUCUGAGCUUCCGCUGCACUUAUGUCUCCGUAGAAGCAGUUAAGUCGCUCAUCUUCGGCCUUUAUAACCUCAAGAGUCUUAACCUCUCACAUUGUAUAUUCUUAAAACGACACAACAAUGGUAUGAUGUUAGCAGAAUUAGGACUGUCACCUGAGGAUAAAUCCAUAAUACUUAGCAUUCAAAAGCUUGAAACUUUAAGUUGUGUUGUCCGGAGUGCCCAAUUUGUCUAGAUGUGGGGAAUCAUCCGCUACAUCCUCAGUAUUAUAUCAACUUUGGGUAUAAGCAGUGGGGAACUGAUGAGAUGAAGGAGUUUGAGUUUUAGACCUACCUUUAUCUAAAAAUGGUGAUUUUGUUUUUAUCUAUUUAUUGUAAACUUCAGUUGUUAUAAACUUUUUCAUAUUUGUAUAUCGCAAUGCUUUUAUUCUGUUACUUCUGUAAAUGAUAACUACCCUAUCAAUGUACUAAAUAUAUAGUAUGAUUCAUGCUCAAGUUGAGAAGUACAUAUUAGUAGAGACUUCUCUCAGAAUAUAGGCCAAAAUCUUAAGUCGAUUAAUUCCCUUAUUAUCUAUA